UAGAGUCCCAGAGUCUGUCAUUGUACCUUUCAGCAUCAAUAUGUCUCUUAUCACGGAACCUUCACUCUGAAUUCUGCUAAUAGGAUUUGGUGAAAUACACGGCACCAACUUAGAGUUAAAUGACUAGUCACAUGCUUGUCUUUAGGUCAUUUUCACUGGGGAAAGAACCUUACUCAUAGAAUUCAUGUUGCAUAAAGACACUCACAUUUAAGUAAAAAAUAUUUGGCUUGUGCUUGGUAAACUUGUGGACGCCAUAUGUUUAAUAACAUGGCAUGACAUUCUAUGCUUUGAAGAAAAUUUAGACUCUUCUCGUCAAUGAUUCCAUUCAAUUUAUAGGACCUAAUACUCUUGUUUUUUAUUUAAAAAAAAAUUCUACUGCAUUUCAGGGCAUGAGUGAGAAGGUUCAUUUACAUUUAGCCAUGCUCACUUUUCAUAAUGUCUGCUCAGAACCCAGCUCCUUCCAGCUCACUGGCAUCCCGGGACUGGAGGCCCUGCACAUCUGGCUCUCCAUCCCCUUUGGCUCCAUGUACCUGGUGGCCGUGGUGGGGAAUGUCACCAUUCUGGCUGCGGUAAGAGUGGAGCAUGGCCUGCACCAGCCCAUGUACUUCUUCCUGUGCAUGCUGGCCGUCAUUGACCUGGUUCUGUCCACUUCCACCAUGCCCAAACUGCUGGGCAUCUUCUGGUUUGGUGCUGGUGACAUUGGCUUGGACACCUGCUUGGCUCAAAUGUUCCUCAUCCACUGCUUUGCCACGGUUGAGUCAGGCAUCUUCCUUGCCAUGGCUUUUGACCGCUACAUAGCCAUCUGUGACCCACUACGUCAUACAACGGUGCUCACUCAUGCUGUGGUGGGACGUUUGGGGCUAGCCGCCCUUUUCCGGGGUGUUCUCUACAUUGGACCCCUGCCUCUGAUGAUCCGCCUGCGGCUACCUCUUUACAAAGCCCGAGUCAUCGCCCACUCUUACUGUGAGCACAUGGCUGUGGUCACCUUGGCCUGUGGUGACAGCAGGGUCAACAAUAUCUACGGGCUGGGCAUUGGCUUUCUGGUCUUGAUCCUAGACUCAGUGGCCAUUGCUGCCUCCUAUGUGAUGAUUGGCAGGGCUGUUAUGGGGCUGACUACUCCCGAGGCCAGGCUUAAGACGCUGGGCACCUGUGGUUCUCACAUCUGUGCUAUCCUGAUCUUCUAUGUUCCCACUGCUGUUUCUUCCCUCAUUCACCGAUUUGGUCACCAGGUGCCUCCUCCCAUCCACACCUUGCUGGCCAACUUCUACCUCCUCAUUCCUCCAAUCCUCAAUCCCAUUGUCUAUGCUGUUCGCACUAAGCAGAUCCGAGAGAGAAUUCUCCAGAUCCUGAACAUAGGAACCAAGAUCAGAUGACUGAUAUUUCCUUCUCUUAAAUAAGCUCAUGGAGAAAGUAUUUUUUUCUUAAUGAUUUAAAAAAAAUUUUUUUUUGUCUUUUUGCCAUUUUCUUGGGCUG